UUUAAGUUUUAUAAGUAAAUAAUUUUUUCUUCCCUUAUUUUCAUUCUUUUGUCUCGUUCCUUCCUUGCUAAAUUAUUUAGCUCAGAAUCUCAUUCAUAACUAAUGACGUCCAUUUUUUCACUAAUCUUAUUACUCCCUGACCACUCGAAAGCUUCUGUCAUUAAUUACUUAAUAAUAAUUAUUAACUUAUUUAUUCACCAUUUAUGUUUUCUCCUUGCAGUAUACAAUUCUUCUGGUAGUCUUCAUUUUAAACCUCUGUCGUUCGGCAGUCAUAAAGCCAACUGGACAGUCAUCAUCAUCAGUUAACAAAAAGGGAACAUGGAGUCUUAACCAAGUUCCCUUGUCCCGACAGCGACGAGAUUCUCUUCUUAAAAUCAAUCCAGAUAUAAGAACUAUUGCGGCGAAUAUCCCUUCCAUUCCGAUGGCUGUUCGUUUGUUCUGGAAAACGCAGAAAUUUCUGCAAAUCAGUGACGAUGGCGUAGUGAAUGGUACCGCGUUUUGUUCAAGUAAAUAUGCCAAUCUUGAGCUUGAGCCAAUGGGAAGUGGAUUUCAGCGUAUUAAAGGAAUCGAAACCGGUCGUUACGUUGCAAUGAACAGUGGGGGUAUUGUUUAUUCAACGAAUUCAACCAAUGAUGAAACAGUGUUUAAGCUAACAAUGGAGAGCACAUCAUAUCAUACAUUUGCGUCUGCGAAGUACUACAAAAAAUCACUAUACGACACAUUCAUAUCCCUUGGACGCAAUGGAAAAAUCCGGAAAGGAAAAGACACCAAAGUCAGUCAAAAUAAAGUAAAAUUUAUCAUCUACACGGGAGACAGCUGUUGAUCACCCUAUUUUGAGCUUUAGAUGUUGCUUAGCGACUCGGAAUUUUUUAAAAUAUUCAUAAUUCUCGAAUUUAAAUCCCAUCAAAUGGGACGUAAAGUUGGUAAAUUUUUAGAGUUUAAUGCCCCGCAGGCUGAAAGUAGCUUUCAGCAUGAACCUUGAAGCAAUGCAAAAUUGUUGGAAGAGUAAUAUAAUUCUACGGAAUAACUCUCAAGCCAUUUUAAAAGUGGUUUCUGAUAUUAUUCCUCACAAUAAGGACAUUUUUAAGGAUCCAUUUAUCAGUAUUAUUUAUGUACACCACUGAUUAUUUUUUAUCAGAUUUACGAAGUGUGAAAUCAGUGUUUUAUAUAUUGAUGUAAAAUUCAUUAAUAUAAUCAUCGCGUCUACAUUUUAUUUAUGCAAUGUAAAGCAACAAGGCAAAACAAACAAGAAAUAAAAGCUUUCUUAAUUUUACA